AUGUCAUCUACUAAUGCACAUAUUGCUUCUUUGACCAAGAAAGUAGAGUUAUUGGUAUCUCAAACACAAAGAUCAAAAGUAGUGAUAGUCAGUUCGAUAUGUGAGAAUUGUGAAGCCAAUCAUGCUCAAGAAAAUUGCUUGUUGCUAGUUUCUCCAAAAGAACAAAGACUUCGAAAGAAGUCUAAUGGAGAAGAUAUUCAUGUUAUAACUACUAAGAGUGGGUACAAUUGUAGAGAUAAUUAUGGAAAGAUCUGCUUAAAAAGAAUAAGCAAGACACAAUUUGAAAAAUUUCUGGAUGAUCUCAAGAAACUCUACUUCAAUAAUUCAUUUAUUUAUAUGAUAUUACAAAUAUCAAGAUACAAAAAGUUUUUAAAAGAGAUGCUAACCAAGAAAAGAAUGCUUCCAAAGUUUGAGGUCGUAGCAUUAACAGAGGAAAGUAGUGCAAGACUGAAAUUAGAAUUAGGUGAAGUCAAAGCAGCAUUUAUAAUGCUACAGCAUGCUGAUAGAAAAAUCUCAUGUCUACUAAGAAAAGUUGAGGAUGUGCUCAUGAAAGCAGGAGAUUUAAUAUUUUCGGUAAAUUUUGUUAUGUUGGAUAUGGAAGAAGAUUGGGACAUUCCAAUUAUAUUAGGCUGA